AUGACCACGGACGCGCCUGCCACGGAUGUUGUGCAACCCCUGCCCAUUACACCCGACAACGAUAUGGUCAGAUGCCUGCGCCAAUCCUAUGGAUACCUCCCUGGCACAACGACGACAGCCUGCGCCGCGUCAGACUGGGAUGAACUUGUCGAAACCUUUGGGUUUACAGAGUUACUUACCCCAGAAGUUGCCCUGGACGCUCGACAACAUAUCCACAUGUUUUACAUGGCUUCCAUCGAGCCUGCGAGCACAGAAAUGCCCGCCGCCCUCUCUGACCUCAAUACGCACAGCCUGACAUCCCUGUCUCGUCUGCUGGACCUGUCGCAAAUACACCGCCCUCACCAGAAUCUUUUUGUUUUUUCAGAACCUCGUUCAGAGGAACACGAGUGGAUGUUGGGUGUCGAAACGGCGGAGAUCGCCCUCUACGUGUGUCGGCUCAGGUUAGAGCACUCCUGGGCUCGCAUCGACUCCCUCACAAAAAUGCUGCUGGAGAGAGGUGUGCCCUGUCGCACUCUCAUGGGCAUUGAAAUGUCGGGUCGCUGCUCCACUGUCCAGGAGCCAUACACCCCUCGAUCUGUCCGCCCGUCAGCGUACAAAUUUGGCGUUGAUGACUUCGAAGCAUACCGAUUGCAAUGCGAGAACAUCAUCAAACACCAACAACACGGUCGGGCUGCCUUGCUGAGGGGUGGAUUGGUGGGUAGGAUAGCCAGUGAGUUUCUGAGCGUCGACGAUGGGCUGGCUGGCCCCUCUAAGGAAAUCAUUCAGAACCGGCAGGGGUUCAUCGUGCCAGCUGGCGACACGACUUGGUGUUAUUGCGACGACCAGCUCACGGAGAACGAGCUGUCCAUUAUAUGCGGCACCUACACGCUGUACACAGCUACUAAAGGUCAAAUAACUGUAAAAUCGUGGUUCCCUCCCCCGAACCUGUGGCAGGUGCCCCCCAGCAUGAACGGAUCACAAUGGGUGGAAUGGACGCCUGCCAACGAGGCAUGGUACCGUGAACGCGUAGAAGACAUCCGCACUCGGCAGGCCCAGCCAUUAACAAGAGUGCAAUGGAAAUCAAUAUUGCGCGGCACUCCUCCCAGUAGGAAGCUUCUGGCGGCAGCGUCUCAACGAGCUCAGGCCUUUGUCAACGGGCACGUACCGGUGGUGCCAACUUAUCGUGUUCGCCCAGGCCUGUAG